UAUAGGAUCUCCCAUUGGGGUGGAUGGAUGACCCUAUAGGGGACCCCAGGCUCCUAUAGGGCCGUAUGGAGGUGCUGCCCCCCCUAUAGGAUCUCCCUUCCAUUGUGGGGGAUGGAUGACCCUAUAGGGGACCCCAGGCUCCUAUAGGGCCGUAUGGAGGUGCUGGACCCCCCCUAUAGGAUCUCCAUUCUGUAGGUGUUCAUGAUCAACCUGAGGCGCAGGGCUGACCGCAGGCAGCGCAUGUUGCGCACGUUGUACGAGCAGGAGAUCGACUGCAAGGUGGUGGAGGCUGUGGAUGGGAGGGCCAUGAACAGCAGCCAGGUGGAAGCUCUGGGUAUUAAGAUGCUGCCGGGCUAUAAGGACCCAUAUCACGGCCGACCUCUUACCAAGGGGGAGCUGGGCUGCUUCCUCAGCCACUAUGGGAUCUGGAAGGAGGUGGUCGAAAGGGGGUUGGAGAAGUCGGUGGUGUUUGAGGACGAUCUGCGCUUCGAGAUCUUCUUUAAGAGGAGGUUGAUGAACCUGAUGGAGGAGCUGGAAGAUGAAGGGUUGGAUUGGGAUCUGAUUUACAUAGGGAGGAAGCGGAUGCAGGUGGAUCACCCCGAGCAGCCGGUUCCGGGUGUGAGGAAUUUGGUGGUGGCGGAUUAUUCCUAUUGGACCCUGGGUUACGUUUUAUCUCUUCGUGGGGCCCAAAAGUUGCUCCAGGUUCAACCCUUGUCCAAAAUGCUGCCGGUGGAUGAAUUCCUGCCCGUCAUGUUCGACAAACACCCCGUCUCCGACUACACGAAGCACUUCCACCCCCGUGACCUUGUGGCCUUUUCCGUCGAGCCCCUCUUGGUUUACCCCACUCAUUACACGGGGGACGACGGUUACGUCAGCGACACGGAGACGUCGGUGGUGUGGGACAACGAGGCCAUUAAGACGGAUUGGGAUCGGGCUAAAUCCCAUAAGAUGAAGGAACAACAACGGCUGAAACGGGAGGCCCAGAACUCCGACGUCCUUCAAUCCCCCCUCGACAGCACGGCAAGGGAUGAGCUAUGAUGGUGAUGGUGAUGAUGAUGAUGAUGAUGGAGGGUCGCCUCAAUGAUGUCAGGCCUGGUGAUGAUGUUGAGGCCUUGGUGGGAGGCGCCAUGUUGGGCCUGGGGGAUCGUCGGCCUUGCUGGCCUCCAUUGGGGGGGUUUGGUGCCUCUAUUGGGGGGGGUCUUGGCUUCUCC